UCUGUGUCGUCUGGCAACGAAGGUGACCUUCUCGUCCAUUUUCGUUUCUCCGGCUGGAGUGUUCGAAGCUACUAAUUUUCAAUUUUUACGAGAUUUACGUUAGCUGGAAGGAUGUUGGCCCGCGUCGUAGCUCGCAGGGCUCUUCAGCUUGCUCGCGGCAACACCAGGAAUUCGGUGACAUACGUUGAAGGAGAAGUCAAACACAUCACAAUGGAUGACCUUCCCAAAUUUUUGGGUCCGUACGAGGAAAUCCACAGUAAGACCCAGACAAAGUACAACAUUUGGCUGGCAGCCUCUGCCGCGUUCCUAGUCGGAACCAUGGCUACUGUUCAUUCGAUGGAGAUCCUUGAAUGGGGAAACCCUCCACCCAUGAAGAAUUAAUUCGGCCAUGCAGAAUUUAGAGCUGACUCGCUAGAAUAAAUCACAUUUUCCCUUGGACAUUUCUUGGCUGGGCUAAAGUUUCUCGCAGCUGCACCUCUUUUGUUGUAGAAAGAAGUGAAGAGAAUAAACAAGAAUGAAGUUUUUAA